GUGCCGAAGAUCGACCCUUGGACCGAAUGGCCCGGAGUGGUGAAGUACAACGCGGACAAGCUCCUCGAUCUCGAUGGUGAUUUUGGGCCCUAUUGGAGUGAGAUGCUGUUCGACAGCAGCAUGGCCAACUUGCUCGCCUCACUCCCUACGACGGGUACUCAAUCGGAGACGAACUGGACCAUCCCCGGAGGAGUGGACGUCGUUGUCGAGGUGGAGUACUCCAGCGGCACCAACAGCCUCCCUGGAGGAUUGAGAUCGAUCAAGGCAUCCUACGAUGGCCCGGUCUCAUUUCCCAAUCCAUCGUUCAGUGGCGACCGUAUCACCUUUGAGGUGAGUAUAAGCGAAGGCUCACCCUAUGCAUCCAGCUGUGCGAAGGCGGAAUUCCUCGGGUCACGCGCCGGAAGAGGGGCAGAACCGAUGGUGUGGGUUACGUGCCUUGUCGAGGAGUUUGACCAUAUCGAGAUGAAGCAGGCCGUCUUUGCACAGGGCCUUCAAGCAAACAGCACCUUCGGGGCCUUCACACGGUCCAUGAGAUUCGGUGUUGUGGAUAUCCCCAGCAACUCGCGUCCGCCGUGGCUAAAGGCAACCUGCUGCCCCAAGGCGACCUUUGGUGUUCACUCAGGCUAA